UGUAAUUGCGAGCAAUAAGCUGCAUGCACCGGUAACCCAGAGCAGCUGACUGAACGAUGACGUCAGUGUUCCCAACAGCAACCCGGGGCUGCCUCUGAGUGACGUCAGCGACUAAACAACAGCAGACGAGUGGCAGUGCGCGUGAGGAGCGGGGAGCGGGCUCGCGGUCGUUUGCUAUGGCUAAUCAGGGUGGAUGCGACAGCCUGGAUGCUUCAGAGGUGGAGCCGGUGGGAAAGAGCGUCGGCGAGACUUCCUCCCAGUCACUCAACUCAGGUGGAAGAGAGAUGGCAGAGAAAGAGGAAGAGCAACCUUCGGGAGUCCGACACCCUGCAGACACUUAUCCUCUGUGUCGUAUAUCAAAGCUGAUUAACUGGAAGAGACCGUUAUGGACUUCCGCUCUCUUCGCAACUACAAACAUAGCGUUUUGGUUUGUGUUCCUUAGUCCCUGUCGGGUGUUCAGCCUCAUCUCCAUGUGUGUGUCUCUCUUCGUGAUGAUACAGCUGAUGAGAGAUGUGGCUCUUUCCAGAUCCAGAGGAGCCUCUCUGUGGAGGAGUAUGACAAGCAGCUGGGAGGUCAUUGAUUCUGUCCAGGAGGGCAGAUCUGGAUCAGGAUCUCCAUUCACAGACUUCUGGUCGAGCCUCAAGCUCUUCAUUGAGGAGACUUCCUCUUUUAAGCAACAGAAUCCAGGCAAGUUCUGUCUGCUGGUGUGCAGUAUGUGUUCUUUUUUGGCAAUACUUGGACGUUACAUUCCAGGGGUUGUUAUUUCAUACAUCUUAGUGCUGGGCAUUUUUCUCUGGCCUUUGGUGUCGUCACAUGAGUUCGGGAUGUGGCUGGAACCAGUUCUGCAGAAACUGGACUUUGGAGUGGGCGAGUUUCUUCAGAAAAUUAAAGAGAAUCAUGAGAAAAGGAUACUCCAGUCUCAAGCCAAGAGAGAGAGCAUUGAAGCAGAUCUGUCUGCACUUUUCCCCAAGAUGGACUCCGCCAUGUGCAAAGAGCUGUCUAUAUUAGACACAGAGGUCUCUGAAAUAACAUGGACAGACAAUGGCACCUUUAACCUUUCAGAGGGACACACACCUCAGACAGAAAUCUCUGAAGACUCAGACCGGCGAAGUGAUGAGGAGGUCUUCACAGGUGGACUACCAGAGUUUCCCUCCUUGGACAAUGGCUUGGGGACAAAUGGAGAUGACGAUGAAGACCUGAGCAUUGGUAUGCCCACCCCACCAGCCCAUCCCAGCAGGGUCGGGUCCACACAGUCAGACGAGGACCCAGCUGCCCAGGCCCUGGAGGUUGUGCAGAGGCUGGCUGGAGACGUAAUCACGGCAGCAGUAACCGCGGCCAUGCAGGAACGCCUGGAGGCGGUGGUAGCGCCAAUGCUGGUCCAGGCCCUGGCCGAGGAAUCGGAUAGCGAGGCAGAGGACUUUGAGUUGUUGGACCAGUCAGAGCUGGAACAGCUGGAAGGCGAGUUGGGGCUGGACCGGGCGAGCCGUGCAGAAACGUCUAAACCUAGCAAACCUUCUUCAGGCUUUCUGUCCAAACUACUGGGGCGCCAGUGAUUUUAUUCAGAGGGGUUCCGCUUCCCUCUGUGAUGGGAUGUGGGUGGGAGCAUAAAUUUCGGGUUUACAGGGAAAGGUCCAGAGUAAUGAAGAUAUUCCAUUGUUUUACUUUGCUGGUGUGAUUCAGUUAUAUUCAGUUGCUAUUAAAACAGUCAUCUGUGGAA